AUGUAUACAUUGUCAGCUGAAGAGGUUGAAGCAAACCCUGAUGUUGUAGCAGGUAUCCUAUAUAUCUCGGGUAUACCAGCUUAUACGUUAUUUAACUCUGGAGCAUCACAUUCUUUUAUAUCUAAAAGAUUUGCUAGAAAGAUUGAUAUGACACCCAGGGCUCUAGAGAGUAAGUUGAUUGUUAGCACACCUACAGACAAACUAGCACAAUUAAAUGGAGUGUAUGGACCAUGUCCUGUUGAAAUAGGUGGAAAGAAGUUGGAUGCACAGCUUAUCAAAGUUAACAUGCAGAAUUUUGAUGUCAUAUUGGGCAUGGAUUGGUUAUCCGCUCAUCAGCCAAACUUGAUGUGCACCGAGAAACAAAUUAGAGUGGCGGUGAAGUUACUGGAAGACAAAUGUCAGUGCUACCUAGUUUUAGUACAAGAUGUGGAUGCAAAGGUCACACCGUUAGAAGAAUUGAAUGUAGUUAUAGAGUUUCUCGACGUCUUCCUAGAUGAUAUAACCUGGCUACCGCCUGACAAAGAGUUAGAAUUUGCUAUUGAUCUAGUUCCCGGAGCAGCCCCAGUGUCUAAAGCACCGUACAAAAUGGCACCACCAGAAUUAAAGGAGUUACGGACUCAGUUGUAG